AUGACUCUAAUACUGGUAUGUAUCCAAUUUUGAUAUAUUUUGGUCAAAUGGGGUUCGGCGAGGGAUGAAGGAGUGUAAAUUGAUGUAUUUCAAGGAUAUACUUUGA